AUAAGACACAAUUAGACAAAAUUUGUGUGCUAGAUCCUGUGCACACAUGCAGCAUGUCAAGGUAACAUUUUGUGAAGAGAUAACCCAUGCACGAAACAAUAAUAAAUGUAUUUAGACUUUCAGGAUGUACAGAGACUUUCAACCAGCAUUCAGUAACAAAUGUUACAGGAAGAAUAACUUACAGUAGGCCCUACCCUAUGGGGUUCCAUACAUACAUACCAAAAACAUAUAAAACACAGGUAAUAACAGUAGACAUAGACAAUUGUAUUGUACAACCCAAUCAACACAUUUUUGACACAUAUGGAACCCCAUACAUAAUAUGGAACCCGAUAUAAAAUGGGCUUACAGUGCAAUAAAGCAUUUUAAGAGUUCAGCUUGCUGAAAAAGAAACAUUGAAUCACAGAAACAGUCAAGAUUGUAUCUUGUAUUACACACAUUUUUGAUAGACACAGGCUUGCUAACAAGAUUUAGUUUUUUUCUCCUUGUGUACUUCACACGCCAACCCAAUAGGUGGCAAAAGUGCACUUUAAGCUGGUUUUGCCAACCGCCAUAAACACAAGAGAAGAACACGAAUUAGACAUGGCGGCAGAAGACGAGUCGGAGGAUUAUUUUUUUAGAGAGAUAGAGAAAAACAAUGGGUCUGUUUUAAGAAUGUAUCAGUGCAGUAAAGGAGACGUGGGCUGUGUAGUAUGGGACGCUGCUAUUGUUUUAUCAAAAUAUUUGGAAACGCAACAGUUUUACAAUGUUGAGUCUGAUGCUAGUACAUGGUCUGCCAAAAACAUUAUUGAACUGGGCGCAGGAACAGGACUCGUGGGUCUCGUGGCUGCCACUCUAGGGGGAGAAAAUGUGGAAGACUUCCUACCUCAUCCUCAUUACAUUCUGAUGGCUGACUGUAUCUACUAUGAGCAGUCUGUAGUGCCUCUAGCGGAGACUCUGAAACUCCUCGCUGGGCCUGAGACAUGCAUCAUCUGUUGCUAUGAGCAACGCACUGUUGGUGUCAAUCCUGAGAUGGAAAAGAGAUUCUUUGAGCUACUUCUGCAAGACUUCCAGUCAGAAGAGGUCCCACUAGAAAAACAAGACUCAGAGUUUAGCAGUCCUGACAUUCAUCUCCUUCAUCUGCGACGCAAAGCCAUCUAAAGCCGUGAUUUUAUAUUUGAUAUAGAAAAUAUAUCAAAGGGUGGUUUGUUAUGUGUGUCAGGUUUUAGCCAUCCUAUUUUUCUUUUAUGUUUUUCUUAUCACCAUAUUUUUUUCACAAUCUUAUUCACCUUACAUAAAUGGAAGCUGCCUAAGCCAGUUUUAAAGUGAUUGUUAUGUGGUUGAGGGAGGUUACUCUCAGGCCUUGUCAGAAAAACAAAUGUACUGUAAGUGAUUUAAGCUGAUGUGUCUAUACAUGCACAUGCAGAUUUAUAACAAGUAAAUUUAAACAAUGCCAAAAUGUUGCGUCUUAAAACAUUUCUGUCAAUGCUAUUUAAUAAAAUGCCUUACAAAACUGACAUAAAUGACCAGUUUCAUUAUCACUGUCCACUGUUGGAGCUGCUUCAUCUUUCGAGUUGCACAAAUAGACUCUUGGCAAUUGUCAAGAGAAACUUUGGCUUAAAUGUGACUGUGUUUUCUACCUAACAUCAUCCUAAAAAGGACAUUCUGUAAAAAUAUAGCCUUGGUCUUUAAAAUUGAGUCAAUAAGGCCAUGUCAGAGUGGUCAACUGGUAUUGUUUUGUGCAAAAUAAUGAAACAUAGUGCCAAUAAAAUAUUUGAAAAAUUCAGUAUCAUUCUAUCAAAAAUCUAAAAAAGAUCUAUGUUAGUCUAUCAUUUACAGCAUAAACAUCAAUUUUUGUCAUAUGUGAGUCCAUAAAACCCAACUAAAGUCAUUCUUUGUUGUUUACUGUUUUCUACACAAUAUAAAGAACAUUAUGUGUAAAUAUAACCUUGAUAUCUUUAUUGACUGAGUAAGGUAAUCUCAAAGAUUGAAAUAGUGAUAGUAAUAUUAAUGGUUGAAAUGAAACUUUACUCUGAAUUUUACAGACAGGGUCACAAAUAUUCUUUUUGUUUUUGUCAAAUAAGUUUUUAUUGAAGACACAAAUUAAGAAGAGUUACAAUCUUACAUAAUUGUCUCUUUUACCAUAAACAUACAAACAAAUAAGAGAAAAUAAAAGGAAAAUAAAAACAUUAUUUAGCAAAUCACAUGAGUCACCAACCCUCCCCUACCCGACCUGUAUUAUUUUAAUUGUAGAAUACAAUGAGAAGCAUUAAGGCAUUACAUUGACAAGAGAUGCAUUAGUCCAUAGAAUUUCCAUCAAGAUAACAGAAAAAGGGGUGCCAGAUUUUGACAAACUGUUCAUAAUUAUCCUUCAAGCAGUAUCUAAUUCUAGGGUCACAAAUAUUCUUAAAGUGCUUUGCUGUAAUAAGUAUAUGAUGAAGAUCAUUAUGGACAGCGUUUGGCCUUUUUCUAACUGAUACCUCACCCUCAGUUGAUCUCUGACUUUGAUUUCCCAGUUCCGUCAGUUUGUAACUUUCAACACUGGAACAUUUC